CAUGUCAUUCGGCUAAAACCACGAAAUGGCCCGAGCGAGUUGAGCUACUGUAAUCCGAGGGGAUUGCGUUUGUGUGGCAAUUGGCAAAGAGCCGACACACGGAGGGGAGAGAAAGGAAUGACAUUUUGCUCUCCUUUGAAAAACAGAUAUUUUAUAUGUAUGGGUUGAUAAAACUGUUCAUAAUGGAAUGGAAAAGACACAUCAAUCCAAAAAAUGAUAUUCAAACUUUCGAAGUGAGAUUUGUUUAACGGGAUUGAACUCCUGAAUUCAGGCGCAGAGAUUUCCAGUCAAACCGACGCACUGGGAGUUAAACAUGGAUGGUCGUGAACCAACGGCAGUUUUGAGGAAUUAAGGCCGUUUCUGUUUUAUUUGUGGUGUUGGAUUGCUCUAUCCAACGUAGGUGUGUUUUGGACACAUCGACAGAUUCAAGAUAUCUCUCUGAUUCCAGUUUACUUGACCUAUCAACAUCAAGAUGAGCCAGCUGUGGAAACGAGACGUGCCCCUCACAGAGCCCCUGGGUGUGGCCCCCAGCCCCCUCCCCACUGCGGCCCCCCUAGGACCCAACAUCUCCUGGUUCCCUGAGGCCCCCCUGCUCACCCCAGACCAGCCCAUCUUCCUCAUGAGCACCGCGGCCCAGGCUGUGUCUGGGUUCUUUGUCUGGACAGCCCUGCUGUUCACCUGUCACCAGAUCUACAUGCACCUGCGUUUCUACAGCUCUCCUAACGAGCAGAGACACAUCGUCAGGAUCCUCUUCAUCGUGCCCAUCUACGCCUUCGACUCCUGGCUCAGCCUCCUCUUCUUCACCAACGACCAGUACUACGUCUACUUUGACACUGUCAGGGACUGUUAUGAGGCAUUUGUGAUCUACAACUUCCUCAGCCUGUGCUAUGAGUACCUGGGAGGAGAGAGUGCCAUCAUGGCUGAGAUCAGAGGGAAGCCUAUCGAGUCUAGUUGUGUGUACGGGACGUGCUGCCUGUGGGGACGGAGCUACAGUAUCGGCUUCCUACGUUUCUGCAAGCAGGCAACGCUGCAAUUCUGCGUAGUCAAACCCCUUAUGGCCGCCAUCACUGUCCUCCUGCAGGCCUUCGGGAAGUACCGUGACGGAGACUUCAAUGUGGCCGGUGGGUACCUGUACGUGACCAUCGUUUACAACAUCUCAGUCAGCCUGUCUCUCUACGCCCUGUUCCUGUUCUACUUCGCUACCAAAGACCUGCUCAGCCCCUACAGUCCCAUGCUCAAGUUCCUCAUGGUCAAGUCGGUCAUCUUCCUCUCCUUCUGGCAGGGCAUGCUGCUGGCCAUCCUGGAGAAGUGUGGGGCCAUCCCCAAGAUCAGCUCAGCCCAGGUGACGGUGGGCGAGGGGACCGUGGCCGCAGGCUACCAGAACUUCAUCAUCUGCAUCGAGAUGUUCUUUGCUUCGCUCGCCCUGAGACACGCCUUCACCUACACGGUCUACAUGGACAAGAGGCUGGAUGCACAAGGUCGCUGCGCCCCCAUGAAGAGCAUCUCCAGCAGCCUGAAGGAGACCAUGAACCCGGGAGACAUGGUCCAGGAUGCCAUCCAUAACUUCUCCCCGGCCUACCAGCAGUACACCCAGCAAGCCACUCUGGAGCAGGGUGCGGCCCCGCCCAUAUCUCGCACCCAGAGUACACUCAGUGGCCGAGGGGAUACGGAGAAGACCCAGCUGCUCAGCUCAGAUGAUGAGUUCUAGAGAGCACUAGACACAUGUUACCGCUCUCAUUCAUCCAUAAAUACACACAGAAGUGCACAAACAUACGCACCCAGGUAUGCACACAAGUACACACAAAUACAUAUAUACACUUGUCAACAUGCAUAAUGUUUACACUUGUCUAGGAACUCAUGAGAACUUGUGCUUGCUGUCUAGUUUGAGGCCAUAGUCAUAGGGACUUUUCAUAGGGAUUUUCUGAGGUGGAACUCUACAUUUUCAGGUCUUGAGAGCAUUUCUGCUAUCAUCCCCAGGAAAAUAUAUUUUUUAAAUCCUAAAUAAAUAAAGUCCUUCUGUAUCUCAGGAUGGUAUUUAAUCUCAAAUUCAAGUUUGCAGCUUGUCUGACGCUUGCCUAACCCCCUUCAGAUUUCCAUGGCAGCAGUGUUUACAGUUUGAAGCAAAGGGACGAUAUGAAGGAGAAGUAGGAAGAGAGAGAUGCAAAAGGGAGGAGGAGAAAGAGGGAAUGAGUGGUUCAGUAGGGCGAGGCACUAGUAGAGCAUCUGCGUGGAUGGUGUUGUUGUUGUUGUCUGUGAUUCAUCGAGGGCAACUGAAGGCUGGGUGGGGGAGGGGAGGGCGGGUUUAUGAGUGGAGUGGUGGAUAGACCGCACUUGAUCAGAUUAUAGAUUAAGAGAAAUCUGCCCAUAGGGUGCAAGUGGGAGGGCGAGCAACACAGUAGUCUGGAUUAUGCCAGUGUAAUUGGGGCAUCAUUUGUAUGGUAGGGUUUAGAACUAGCUCCGGAGUUUGUCUCUCUUUGUGGAGCAAACCUCCACUGGAGGACUAUUGAGGUUAGCUAUAGAGGGGACAAGACCCUAGUCCUCUAUGAACACAGCUCCUUCUAGAAAGGAAUAUAGGUCUCUUCUGUUUUGGAUACAUUUGGUCUGGAGGAAACUGUAGUUUGAAACAAGUUUAUUUCUGGUAUAUUUCACAAUCACUCAGGUUAUGCCUGGGAUUAUAUCAUAGAUAACACGUUUUUUGGGGGAGUAACAUGCUAUGUAAUGGCUCCAGAGAUUCAGUCUUGACUAAAUUAGGAGAACUAGUUAAUGUGUGGAUAGCUUCGAUUUUAAGUCAUUUAUGUGAGUCAAUCUGUCCUUACACUGCAACGGUGAGUCAUUGCAUGCCACGCUCUAUCCCACCACCAGAGAGCAACCAUGAACGUCAGCCAGGAUUUGAACACACCCACACACACAGUUGUCUUUAUCAAACCAGACAUGCUUGUACCAAGUCUGUAGAUGGAAUGCAUUGUCUCAACACAGUCUUUACUCCCAUCCUUCUAGAUGUUUCCUGUACAGUACAGAGGCUGCUUGAGUUAAAGCCUGUCUUCACCUUAUUCAGUCAGAGCAAAUCAGCUGCUUUUACACAUAUAUUCUGGGUGCUUCAUUAAGACCUCAACACUUUUCCACUCCAGCAUAUAGCUGUUCUCUCUCAUCCUGAAUCAUAGUCUGGGAUGUUGCUUCAAGAUUCUCUGAGUUUCAUUAUGAGGUCACAGUGCUAAAAACCUUUGGAUUUUGUGGUCUUCUCCUUUGUUCACUCUCUUCAGGAUGUACAUUUAUUUUAUUACUAGAUGUACAUGUCCACUAAGGACUGAGAAAGUUGUAAAUAUGGUUUUACAUCAUACAGACAUCUUAAGUAAUAUUGAUAUAAUUGAACUGAUGCAAUACGGCUUAGUUUUGUACUGCAGUUCAAUGAAAACUGUAUUUUUUUAUUUUGACAAAGUUCUUUGUUCCAGCUCAAUGUAUUUUGUUAUAAAGCUUCUCUCAUUAUGCUUCUAUUUGACUUCAAAAUGAUGUUCAAACAAAUACAUAUACAGAUGAAGAAAAUAAAUACAUUUAGUUUUGUUCUGA